UAUAUCCUGUUUUAUUUCUAAAGAAGUAGUCUGUUUAUUUUUCGAGUUGAGUUUUGACAUUCCGCAUUCUAGACAUUUGUUUUUUCUUUAAGUUUACAUUGUUCUGUUCUCUAUUAACUCCGAUGAAGGGAAGCAAGAAGUCUUGUGUAAGAGAGGGGGGAGGGGAGGGAAACAGGUUUUUCCUAAAACAGAGAGGUUCCUUGUUGACUGUCUGACAUGUUUGCCUUUCAUCCACGUGUUUGGACAGAGAGAGGAAGAGGGAGGGAUAGAGCCCUCUGUUCAAGCUCCCAUUGUGCCAUUAUUAUUUGCAAAGUUCACAUCAAAAACGAUGGCUGUCCGACCCGAGAUCUUUAUUAUUUAUAGCAAAUCCCAGACUAGUCCGGGCACAGGAUAACAUUAUUAUUGUGUUAAGCUGUUCCCUGCUUUGCACUUCCAACCGUCAAUGAGAAAGUGCAAGUAUUUUCUUCCAGGGAGAAUAGGAACAACACUCCAGAAUACGAUUAAUUACAAAAGUUCAGAAACUCAAACUCACCCUACUGACUCGCCAGGUUUAUGUUUUACUACCAAAGUCCAGCAUCCGUGUGAAAUCGAACACAGGUUUCAUGUCCAUACACCUUUUUUUACACGUGUUUAGUGUGGCUGAGCUGUCACCCAUAGACUCCACUGAAUCUCAUUUUAAUAAUAAUGACAACACUUGAUAAUGAAAUCAUUUUCCUGCAUUAUUUCUAUACAUCAGUUGCCAAAUAUAUGUGUUGAACGCCAUGUAGAUUUUCCUUAUUUAUCAGGAUGUAUUCCCACCUAAUUAGAUAUAAUUUACGUCGAGUGCGCCGGAAAUGUUAAGGUUAUGGAUUUUAUAUCUGUACAUCUGAUCAUCUUGUUAUUUUCAAGAACUUUGCCUCCUAUAAAAUUAAUUAGGUGAAAUGUGGAGGAGUAAUCAGCUACCUCCGAAUAACCACUUCAUUUCCUGGUUUUGAUUGUAAAUCAAGCUGGUGACAGCACUCAGUAGACUUUUGCCUAUUUUAUGCUCCUGUCUUUUUAACUAUUCCUGAGCCUCAUUAACAUGACUACAUCUUCGAUGAUUUGACAGUCCAGAAUGCCACUGAAUUUCAGUUUAUUUUUAUACCUGAUAUUGAUUUUAUUUUAAUCCAUUGCAAGACUUAGCAGAUUCAGUGUUUGAAAUGACACGUGAGCCAUUCAUUAACUUAACUCUAUAGUCUACCUAAUUGUGAAAUUAAUUCAUCUCUGCUUGUCAGUAAAAUUCAUGAGCUUUAUUGCUGAUAUGCAUCCCUUCAUUACCGCAUGGAAUUAAGUGAUCAUACUUGAAUAAGACCUCAAGAAAGAGAUGAUUGUGGUCAAAUGGAACCCCUAUACAGUUACGGGUAAUGUAAAGGUCUGUACUCCUAAAGGCAAAAACUUCUGAGAUGGAAGGACUUUGUCCUAGUUGAGGCUCAUGUCUAGUUAGGUAUCACUUUCGUCUUUCAUGUUGCUCAACUGGGAGCUACUCCAGAUCUCCCCCUUUAAUAUUCACUCUGCGUGGGGCUGAAAUAAAUUUAACCUGAGUUCAGUAGAUUUUUGCACUUUACCGAGAUCUGUUCCAAUAGUCUGCCACCAAAUUAAAAUCUAUUUUUUGAUUCUCUGUGGCUUUAAGUUCAUUAAAAUGUGAAAUUGGCAGUCUUCUUAAGAAGGUCAGAGUGAUUAACUGUUUGAUAGUUAUGUUGGGCACCCUGAUAUUUUCAAAAUGGGUUUUCUUUGUGCUUUAAUUGACAUUGUGGUGUCACCAUUGUCUUCAUGUGACAAAUUGCAGGGCACCUUUUUUCUUUCAUUUUUUAUUUUUUUGGCUUGUUAGGAUUUUCAUUUAUUUGCAAAGGGAAAUAUUGUCACUAAGCUGCUUUCUAAGAACGACAGGGCACUGACACUGUCAAUAGGGUUUCUUUGGAGGCAUUAUUUUAGCCAUCUUAUAAAACGACUUGGAAGUCCAUGCAGACAAUCUGUCAAGUUUGACAGCUCUAGAAUAGGUAUUUCAAGUUUAAGGAAUAGAGUCCUAUCAGCUGUUAUGAAAUGUGGCAUUCACUUGACCACACUGACUUCUACAUGAUGGUGAAACAUGAGUGUAAACACGUUUGGAAUAUAUUUUAGGAGCUUCUCUGGCCACGUUGAAAAUAAAUUGAUAACUGCUGCACUUGUAUCGAUCACUUUGGAGGAUGCAUCUUCAGCUGAUUUUUGCUGAAGCCAGUAUUUCCCCCUUGCUUUAUUCUGAUUCAUAUACAGGAACAUGUCAGCUUCUUUUUUCUCCUCAUUCCGAUGACAGCUGCAAACAGCGUUUUAUGCUAGGGCAGUGUAAACACCAAUGGUUAAAUCGUUUUUCAAGCAUCAUUUACAUAGGUAUUUGUUCAAUAUACAUUUACAAGCUUUAACAAUAUCAUCAUCUCAUCACGCUCAUAACAACGGGAGCAAGUUCUGGUGAAACCCUGACAUUUUUCCAGGUUACGUUGGGUCCAUCAGUCUGUUAAAGAGAUUGAUAUCUGUAGAGUUUGUACCGAACCUGUCGAAGCCAUUUUAACAGACGACGAACCCGACAACAGCACAUUGGGAACUGGAGAAGGGGAUCAUGACCUUCUUACCUGUGGUCAGUGUCAGAUGAACUUCCCAUUGGGGGACAUUCUUAUUUUUAUUGAGCACAAACGGAAACAAUGCAAUGGCAGCCUUUGCUUAGAGAAGGCUGUGGAUAAGCCGCCCUCGCCUUCGCCAAGUGAACUGAAGAAAGCGUCCAAUCCUGUGGAGGUUGGCAUCCAGGUCACUCCGGAGGAUGACGACUGUUUGUCAACGUCAUCUCGAGGAAUUUGUCCAAAACAGGAAAAUGCAGCAGGCAAAGAUGAGCCCAGCAGCUAUACAUGUACAACAUGUAAACAGCCAUUCUCCAGUGCAUGGUUUCUCCUGCAACAUGCACAGAACACUCAUGGCUUCAGAAUCUAUCUGGAAAGUGACCAUGGCAGUCCACUUACACCCCGGGUAGGCAUUCCAUCAGGACUGGGUGCAGAAUGUCCCUCACAGCCUCCACUCCAUGGAAUUCAUAUUUCUGACAAUAAUCCCUUUAACUUAUUGAGAAUCCCUGGAUCAGUAUCAAGAGAGGCGUCUGGUCUUAAUGAGGGUCGAUUCCCACCAACUCCCCCACUAUUUAGCCCACCACCAAGACAUCACUUGGAUCCUCAUCGCAUAGAACGCCUGGGUGCAGAAGAAAUGGCUCUCGCUACACAUCACCCGAGUGCCUUUGACAGGGUGCUGCGACUUAACCCCUUGGCUAUGGAGCCACCAGCUAUGGAUUUUUCACGGAGGCUUAGAGAAUUAGCUGGAAAUACUUCUAGUUCCAGCCCGCCUUUGUCUCCAAAUCGGCCCAGCCCUAUGCAAAGGUUACUGCAGCCAUUCCAAUCCAACAGUAAACCACCAUUUUUGGCAACUCCACCCCUUCCUCCUCUUCAGUCUGUACCUCCUCCUUCUCAGCCUACUUUGAAAUCAAAGUCCUGUGAGUUUUGUGGAAAAACAUUUAAAUUUCAGAGCAAUCUUGUAGUACACCGUAGAAGUCACACUGGAGAAAAACCUUAUAAGUGCAACCUUUGUGACCAUGCUUGUACACAAGCCAGCAAACUCAAGCGCCACAUGAAAACACACAUGCAUAAAUCGUCCCCAAUGACAGUUAAAUCAGACGAUGGUUUGUCCACUGCCAGUUCUCCUGAGCCUGGAACCAGUGAUUUAGUUGGCAGUGCAAGCAGUGCCCUCAAGUCUGUAGUAGCUAAGUUUAAAAGUGAAAAUGACCCAAACCUGAUUCCAGAGAAUGGUGAUGAGGAAGAGGAAGAGGAAGAAGAAGAAGAAGAGGAAGAGGAGGAAGAAGAGGAGGAGGAGGAGGAUUUGACAGAAACAGAUAGCCGGCCAGAUUAUAGUUUUGCCCUAAAUCUAGAAGCUGCUCGUCACCAUGAAAACAACUCUAGAUCUGGCGAGGAAAGUCGAUCUAUGCCUGAUGUCAUGCAAGGUGUUGGCCUUGGUGCAAUGCAUCACUUUAGUGAUACCUUUCAUCAGGCAUUGGUUGAAAAACAUAAAAGAGGGCAUUUAUCUGAACCAGAAGCUCAAAGAGACACUUGUGAUGAAGACUCAGUGGCUGGAGAAUCAGAUCGUAUAGACGGUGGUACUGUAAAUGGGAGGGGUUGUUCACCUGGUGAAUCUGCCUCAGGAGGCUUGUCAAAAAAAUUGCUUCUUCGUAGUCCGAGUUCUAUGAGCCCUUUUUCUAAACGCAUCAAACUUGAGAAGGAAUUUGAUCUCCCUGUUGCAGCUAUGCCUAAUACAGAAAAUGUUUACUCCCAGUGGCUUGCUGGUUACGCCGCAUCUAGGCAGCUAAAAGAUCCAUUCCUCAGUUUUGGAGACUCUAGACAAUCGCCUUUUGCCUCUUCCUCAGAGCACUCAUCUGAAAAUGGUAGUUUACGUUUCUCUACACCUCCAGGAGAGAUGGAUGGGGGAAUUUCAGGCCGUAGUGGCACAGGAAGUGGAGGAAGCACCCCCCAUAUUGGUGGUCCUGGAAGGCCCAGUUCUAAAGAGGGCAGGCGCAGUGAUACUUGUGAGUACUGUGGAAAAAUCUUCAAGAACUGUAGUAACCUCACUGUUCACAGGAGAAGCCACACUGGUGAACGUCCUUAUAAGUGUGAGCUUUGCAACUACGCCUGCGCGCAGAGUAGCAAACUUACCCGGCACAUGAAAACACAUGGUCAGGUGGGAAAAGACGUUUACAAAUGUGAAAUUUGUCAGAUGCCUUUUAGCGUGUACAGUACCCUGGAGAAACACAUGAAAAAAUGGCACAGUGAUCGAGUCUUGAAUAAUGAUAUAAAAACUGAAUAGAGGUAUAUCAAUAAACCCCAUGUAGAUUUUUUUUUUCUAGACCCUUGUGAUAAAAAAAAUAAAAAUAAAAAUAAUGAAACCCGAGGAUACAAAAAUGUGCUUAACACUAGCACACCAGAUUUUUUUUUUUUUUUAAAUAAUUUCUUUUAUAUUUCGUUCUCACCGUUUGAAUGCAUGUUCUUUAUUGGGGCAAUACUAUUGCAUUUUACGCAAACUUUGAGCCUUUCUCUUGUGCAAUAAUUUACAUGUUGUGUAUGUUGUUUUUUUUUAUUUUUUAUUUUUUUAAUAGAAGCAUGUACGGUGUGUUUUAUAGCUACUUUGUCCCUGAAUUAGUUGCAAAGCAAACAUUGCUGUUUCCAGUUCCGUUCUGACAAGUGACCAUGCUGCGUACAUUUUGCAAUACAUAUCAUGUACAGCUUUGUUUUUCAAUGUGCAGAGGGAGCAUCUCUACGACAAACCUCCAGGGACAGAAAUUUUAGUGCUGCAAAUGCUGGCAGAACCUCAUUUCCUCAUGCCAGGGGUUACCUGUAGCAUUUAGAGAAAUAAAGAAAAAAA